AUGCUGGUGACUCGACUUCUUAUCCUCACAGGCCGCGCGAGACUGUCGAGUACCGGCGUGUCGCUAUCCAAUAUUGAUGAUGCGGUUGGCGCUACACCCACCCUCUCGACUCUCUCGCUCGCCGUCGCCGAGUUCCCCGGCGCUGUUAGUGGCUCAAAGCGCCACUUACAGUCCCAUUCUCAACCUCCUACAGUCCCCGAAUUUGUAUUUCCUCCCACUUCGCCGUUUCUCGAAUCUUGUGUGGGCUUGGUCGAUUCCUCUACCUUCAACAGCUUUUCUCUCCUUCUAAAUUCAACUCGCGGCACCUCAGUAACAGCACAAUUCACGGAUCGACAAGCUAGCUCGCAUUGCUCCGAGGCGGCCGCCAUGUACGCCUACAACAAGCCCAUCAACCCAAUGGAACCUCCAGCUAAGCUGGACCAUUACAUUGGUAUUGAUGUUGGAACGGGCUCUGCCCGUGCCUGCGUCAUUGACGAGUCUGGUGACAUCAAAGCCCUCGCUGCUCAAGACAUAAAGCUGUGGCAGCCUGAGACUGGCUACUACUGCAUUUGCGAAUGUGUCCGCAAGGUGGUCAGCGAGUCACAGGUCGACCCCAGCUCCAUCAAGGGAAUGGGCUUUGACGCCACCUGCUCACUAGCCGUCUUCUCGACCGACACCGACGAGCCAAUUGCCGUCACUGGCCCCGACUUCAAGAAUGAUGGCAAUGACCGAAACGUUAUACUAUGGCUCGAUCACAGACCCGUCCAAGAGACCGACCUGAUCAACAACACUGGCCAUAACCUCCUCAAAUACGUCGGAGGCAAGAUGAGUAUCGAGAUGGAGAUCCCCAAGAUUCUCUGGCUCAAGAACAACAUGCCCCCAGAGCUGUUUGCUCGCUCCAAAUUUUACGAUCUUGGCGAUGCUCUCACCCACAUUGCUACCGGAAACGAGAGCCGCAGCUUCUGCAGCACCGUCUGCAAGCAAGGAUUCGUACCAGUCGGUGUGGAUGGCAGCGUCAAAGGUUGGCAGGAGGACUUCUAUGAUGCCAUCGGCCUCAGUGACCUUGUUGAAGAUGACUUCAAACGCAUGGGAGGCGUCGAUAAGGUGUCGGAGGAUAUGAGACCCGAAGCUAACGAAUCCGUUUCACAGAAUGGAAAAUACGCCAGUGCUGGUGAAUGCGUCGGAACCUUGAGCAAGCAAGCUGCCUACCAGCUUGGUUUGCCCCAGGGGAUAGCUGUUGGUAGCGGUGUUAUUGAUGCUUACGCUGGUUGGAUCGGAACUGUCGGCGCCAAAGUUGACCUUGGUGAUGACGAACUCAACGCCAACGUCCCACACAACGACCUAUCCCAGGCCUUCACCCGACUUGCCGCUGUCGCAGGUACCUCGACCUGCCAUCUUGCCAUGUCCAAGAACCCCGUUUUUGUUCCCGGCGUUUGGGGUCCCUACCGUGACGUGCUGCUACCAGAGUAUUGGAUGGCCGAGGGAGGCCAGUCUGCGACUGGCGAGCUGCUCCGACACAUGCUAGACAUCCACCCAGCCUUUAAUGCGACGCAAGCUCUGGCCAAGGCCGAAGACAAGCACAUUUAUGACUGGCUCAACGCCCACCUCGAAUACAUGGCCGAGAAGAACAAUGCGCCGGCCGUGUCGUAUCUCGGGCGCCACCACUUCUUCUAUGGUGAUCUGUGGGGCAACCGAUCUCCCAUUGCAGACCCUACCAUGAAGGGUGUCAUGAUUGGACUCGACAGCGAUAAGAGCACAGACAAUCUGGCUCUCUGGUACUAUGCUACCAUGGAGUUCAUCGCCUUCCAAACGCGCCAGAUCAUCGAGCAGAUGAACAAGUCUGGCCACGAGAUAUCUUCCAUCUUCAUGUCAGGCUCGCAGUGCCAAAAUCCAAUCUUGAUGAACCUGAUGGCCACCGUCUGCAGAAUGCCAGUUCUCAUUCCCCGUUAUGUGCACGCCGCCGUCGUACACGGCGCUGCCAUGCUGGGUGCCAAGGCUGCCAGUCACAACGAACAAGGCCGCGAGCCUGAGUCGCUUUGGAGCAUCAUGGACCGUAUGAGCAAGCGCGGUCGUUUGGUCGAUCCAGGCACUGACGGCGGCGAAUUGGCGAUGCUCGACGCCAAAUACGAAAUUUAUCUUGAGAUGUGCAACACUCAGCAAACCUACCGCAAAAAGGUGGAUGCCGCCACUUCUCAGUGGAAGAAGGAGUUUGGUGACGACGCAUAG